UACUUAUCCUUAAUGGCUGAGUUAGGUGAGGGUCCACCACCACAAAAGCCUAACAACAGUAUGUUACCAACAACCAGACCUCCCAUGCAACAACAGCAUCAUCAACAACCACCACAGGUGCAAUCAAGAUUUAAUCAACCGCCUCCUAAUCCCAUGGGUGGUUUUAAUAAUUUCCAUAAUACUCCAAAUAGACUCCCUCCACCUGCAAUGAUGGGAAUGAACAAUGCUCGUCCACCAAUGAAUCAGCCUAAUCCACCCCAGAUGUUUCAACAUCAACAACAUAUGCAACAGCCAGGAAUGCAGGGUAUGCAUGAAUGUUAACCUUUUUAGCUCACC